AUGGCUGAUCAGAUGGAUCAAUUCCCGCAGGUGCCACCACCAGGAACGAGUCCACGAACCAGCAACUCCUGGAGCCGCUGCGACCAAGCUGUGGCCCGUGUCGCCCCCAUCGCCACUACUAUCUGCCAGGUCUGCUCCAAAUGCAUUGCCAAGGAUGAGUGGCAACUUGGUCUCAUGUUUAUCCACGUCGAAGGCUUAAUGCUCAUGGAAUGGCAUCACUUGCACUGUUUCAAGUCGCUGCAGGGUAGUGGUCUGUCUGAUGUCUUUGAAACUGUGCAGAUCGAGAUGACUCCGGCCCAGAAGAAGGAUUUCCAGUUGGCUUGCCAAAAGGCAGCACUCUCAUAA